CAAAGACCACCGCCAAAUUUGAAGCGAAAACAUGGCAGCGCAUCAGGUGCUUGGUACAGUACAGGAAAAUACAAAAGUGGAAGAAAAGAAAGCAUAUAGAGCAGAUUUUCGAGCAUUGGAAUGCGGCAGUCAAGUACAGCUCUGGCCUCGUUCUCAGUCUCUCACAACCCCUAGACUUUAUUUGUCUUCUAGUGAUUCAGAAGAAGAAGACAAAGAACUGCGUAUUGUGCUAGUGGGUAAAGAAUGCAGUGAAAACAAAGAGCUCGUUUCUGCAGCAAAGGCUGUUCUGGCUAGCAGUGUGCUGACAUCAGAUGAUGGACUAGAGUUUGUGCAAACAGCCUCUGAGUACGAGACUGUGUUUGUUCUUGCCAGUUUUGAAGGAGAAGUUUAUCACAAGUUGCACAGAGCAGAGGCUCGUAUUGUUGGUCCUUCUGUUAUUCUUAGCCUCAAAAAUAAAGGCCAGCACUUGCCUUACACCACAAGACCGUUGUACUGUACAUCUAUGCUGGGCAUAGUGACAUGUUUCACAGGCUUCAAGCAGAGGGAGAAGCUGUCUCGUCUUGUUGACCUGGUUCAUCAUAUGGGUGGCAGUGUUCGCAAAGAAAUGACAGUUAAAGUAACACACCUGGUAGCCAAUUGUACAGGUGGAGACAAAUACAAGUAUGCAAUGACAAUGGGAAUGCCUAUUAUGGCAGAAGAGUGGAUUCGUCAGCUUUGGGAAAAGCGGCACAAUCUAGACAUCAAGGCUGAUUCAGAAAUUAUGAUGGAAUAUAAAGUGAAGCCAUUUUUCCAGUGCUCUCUCAGUUUUCUGGGAUUUGCACCAGAAGAACAGAAGCACAUGGAAGAACUUACAUUAUCUAAUGGAGGAAGGUAUGUGCCUUCUGGAGAUGCGGAAGCCACACAUCUUGUGGUUAAUGAGCUGGCUUUGAAAGAAUUGCCAUCUGAUCUGUGUCUACCUCACUUCAUUGUCCGCGGAGAAUGGUUCUGGGGCUGCAUUCAGAUGGCAGCAUGUGCUGAUGAAGGACUAUAUCAGUUCCAGAAGGCAACACAAGCACACAGAAUGACAUCAUCAAGCAGUCUAGGGUCAAAAUCACGAAAGAGGAAGCGUUUGAAACAAUUGGCUGUAGAGGGUGAGGUAGACUCUCCAUUUCAUGUUAUCAAACGACGAUCCAGUGAGCAGCUAUCAGGAAUCUCCAUAAGUCCCAAUUCAUUUUUAGAUGCUUCUCGAACACCUGACAGAUCUGAUGAGGCUAUAGAGAAUGAUGAGAACCAACCACAGCCUGCACCAGUCAAGCUCUCAAAACGCCAGCAAGUGGUCAUGGAACUGCUUCACACGGAGACUAACUAUGUUACCAUCCUGCAUACACUAUUGCAUACAUUCAAGGACCAGAUUGAGAAACCAGAUCAGUAUAAUGGACCUCUGUUGGCAAUGCAAGAUACAAAGACUAUCUUUGGUAACAUCCCUCCCAUUUAUGAAGUUCAUGUUAAGCUGAAGGAGGAUCUAAGUCGUCUUGUAGAAGAUUGGUCUGGAGAUGCAAGUGUUGGGGAAAUUAUUUUGAAACAUGCUGAUGGUUUCAUGAAGGCAUAUCCAAACUUCGUAAACUUUUUUGAGAACACCAAGGAAACUAUUACAAGGUGUGAUCAGUCUAACCCACGAUUUCAUGCAUUUUUGAAGGUAUGUCAAACAAAGCCAGAAUGUGGAAGACAGACAUUACAAGAACUUCUUAUCCGUCCAGCAAGGUUGCCUAGUGUGAUAUUGCUGUUAGGAGAUAUCCUGAAACAGACCCCUGCAACACAUAGAGAUAAAACAAACCUCGAAGAAGCAAUUGAUUGUUUGAAAAAUGUCCUUACGCAUAUCAAUGAAGACAAGAAAACGGAAGGCCAGAUGGUCAUGUUUGACAUAGUGAAUGACAUAGACAAUUGUCCAGCCACUCUGCUAUCUUCCCACCGCAGCUUCCUGUACAAAGUUGAUGCUAUAGAGUUAUCAAACAGCCUCUCUCAUCGUGGUGACCCUUUGUCAAUGUUUGUUUUCAGUGAUAGCAUGGAGAUCUGCAAGAGAAGAACAAAGGUUUUGGCAGGUGCCAAAGGUCUUACCCCCCACAAGACACCACAAAAGGCAUAUAAGCAUGUGGAAGUUCUGCCCCUGACAGCCAUCAAACGCGUGAUUGAUUUUGCUGAAACAGAAGAUUGCAUGCUUGCAUUUGGCUUGAUCUACCGAGAGAAAGGGCAAGCAAAUGAAAAACUUCUUGCCUUCAUGAUGGACGCUGGGGAUAUGUGCAAAUCAGAUAUGCUCACUGACUCUGCAAGAACAUUGCUAAUGCUGUCUGUCGAACAGAUUUCAUUCGGAAAGCGAGUCAGCAGGGCAUUUUCAAUGAACCGCACUCCCCUGAAAUUAAAACGUGCUGUGUCACACGUCUUCAGCCCAUUCAUGCGAGACUCAUCAGGGGACUUGCAGGGCAGGCGCCUGGCUAGCACUCUUGACUUGACAGAAACUUCUGUUUCUGGAACAUCUCACUUUGAGGAUAGUGACUGCAUCAGCCUGGGGGCCUACUCUCUUCAGGAGGAGAGUUCACCAAUGCAAUACCCACUGACUCCUGUUGGCAAGGGAACACAUAAGUAUGCUACGAUGGGUGCCCGCUCAGCUAGCAAAUACUUGUGAUCAUUUGAUGGAUUGAAGCAGGUGAAGAUAUUCUGUUGUCUUCACUGACACUGCCAGCCCAGCCAGUGUGGGAAACUGUGUUGUACAGAAUUGAUGAGUAGUGAUCAUCAGAUGGGGACCACUGAGUGUAGCCCAUGGCUUAAAUUCUCGUUAUGACAUACAGCGAGGUGUUUCUGUUGGUGUCAUAUGAGAGAACCAUCACAUAUUCUUUUAAAAUACAAUGGUUGUUCAUAUGUGUUGUUACCUUCUGUACUGGACUCAGGUUGUUUGAGGUUGAUCUUGUACACAUUUGUUAUGUAAGGUAUUAUAAUACUAAAUGCUGGCGCAUCCUGUUUGGUUGUGUGGUUUUGUCACUUUCUGUCUGUAAUGACUGUUGUUGCCAAAAAUUAUUUAAUUUUUAAUAUAUCUAGUUGUUAGUGAUUAUCAGAACAAAAAUGUGAACAAACAUUUGAACAAAACCUUUUCAAGCUGGUCAGAGUUUGAAAACUGCUUGAAUCUGUUUUUGAAAAGCAUGCUGAAAUUUCUUUGAUGAUCAAAUGAAGGUACAUGAAAACUCAGCUUAAUGGCAGUAGUGGGUGUGGAUUCCAGCAAACUAUCAUUAUAAGUGUGCCAAAUAUCACAUUUAUCUAUCUACCAAUCAUCUCUCUUCGAAACGAUAAGACAGCAACAGUUGCUACUGGCUUGAUUUUGGCCGCUCUCAUCAUGGAUUGCCCUUUGAUAAAUUCACUGCUCCGUGUUUGCCUGAAGACUGUACAUAAUGCCACUGACUACAGCCUUUCAGCUGGUUUUGAUGCAUCUCAGAUUCUUUUACAACUUUGAAAUUCUUUACCUCAGACCAUUGUUUUCUUUCUAAUCACAUUUUGCUUUGAAUUUCUUUGAAACUUUUAUUUUGCUUGAGCAGAGAGAACAAGUGAAGAAUCAAAAGUCUUUAUUUACCAAAAUAAUGUGAACAUUAAUUUAGCCUGGUAAGAGAUAAAUGAACAAGCAUUGAUGAAGAUGAAAUUUAUGACUGCAAAACAGCUGCUUUCUACUGUUUAUAAGAAUAUUAUUUGUUAUUUACAAUUGUCAUCAUUUAUGCCCUGUUCCUACUCUUGGGUCUUGACUGGAAAAUUGUCACUUGAGUUUAUUUGUUCAACCGUAAGCAGUGGAAACACUGCUUUUAGAGUUUAUGUUACUAUUGGAGUGAUCAAAAAAGGUUUGUGUUGGGGUGAAAUUCUGAGAAAACUAGACUAAUAGUAGUUUAUUUCUAUACUUGCCUGCUUAUUUUCCUUUGUCAAAAUUUUGAAGUACAUGAGUUGUACACCCCUACUUCCUACAGUCAAGAGUUAAGUUGAGGGUUAAGUCACUUGUAUAUAUGUGUACAGUCCUUUGUUUUUCUAUACUAUGUAAAGAUAUGUACAUAAUCUUUUUUGCAUUAUUGAAACCCUUGAAAAAUGUGUACAUAAUAAAAAUGGCACCGAGUUUCACUAUUUUUGUCAGGGAAUCUUUUAUCAGCUGGCAGUAACAAUAAAUAACACAUUUUCUAUAUAUCACAGUUUAAUAUGUUUUUGACAUUUAAAAAUGCAUUGUGCUAAAAAGAUAAUUUUUUAGGAGUGUAAUCUCUUGACAUGUGUCGAAGACCUCUUAACCCUUUGACAAGGUUAGGAAUUACAUCAGGGUGAGUUAACCACAUAUUUGUGUCCAAGCCUUAGUAUCAUCAUGUAUUAUAAAUAUACGAUCCAGUUAUGUUAUCACAUGAACUCACAAUUAUGUUUCAUGUUGGAUCACCAUUGGUGAGACUUUAUUGAAGCUGCUCUGAAACAUCUAUGUAAGCAUAUAUGUGGAUGAGUUUUAUAUAAACAUUUGCUGUAUAAGGUGAUGCAUGUCAUAGGUUGUAUCCAGAUCCUGUUUGUGAAAUGAAAUUAUCUUUUAACCUGUGCAGAUCGUUCACUAUUUGCAUUGUUGUCUACAGCAAGAGAACAGAUUUUCAGCAAAUCAUUACUGACUAAAAUAGUGUUACACAUACAUUUGCAUGCACCACAAAAUUGUACAGCCCCAUACAUUGAUAAUGUCUGUAAAUAUAUAAAUAUCAAACUAUUGUCAUUAGGUUAAGAUCACAUAAUGGUUUCUUAGCAUGACAUGGCUUUACAUAUCCUGCUGUUGUUAAUACAGAUAAAUUAUAUUAGUCCCCCAGUAACAGUAGUAUGAAGUUAUGUACUCGAUGAUCUGUAUCAUACUUUCAUUGUACCAGUUUGGAAAGAAAGGGAAAAAGUGUUUUUAAGUUUCUUCGUGUUUGUGAUGGACAGAGUGGGGUAAGGGAGUGGAAAUUGUACUUGUCUUUGAGUGUUUCUGUUGUUCUGUCAGGUAUUUCAGUCAAGUAGUUUAUUAUUUUUGAGCUCUUUGAUUCUUUGGACCAAAUGAUGGUCAUAAAGUUUGUUAAGUAUGAAAGUUUCUUGGUUCACACUUCCAAAGACACUCGUCUUUUUCAUGUGUGUCAUUUAAUGAAAAAAUUUUCUGUUUAAAAAAAUGCAUUUUGGUCUAAUUUACCAUUGAAACAAAAAGACUGGUGAAGAAAAACGAAGUAGAUAAGAGAUGGAGUGGCCAUCAGAAUUGAAAUAUCAAAUUUCUCAAUUAUAUAUUGAAUUUAAGAGUAAUUUGUCUUUACUGUGAACUGCACACACAUAGGGACUAAGUACAAGAGGGUUCGUGCCGGACGCUUCGACGUAAGCGGCAAUCAAGUGCCGGAGGUAAGAUUGGCUAGACGUCCGGGUCGCUAUGACGUUCAUUGUUCCGAAGGUACAGUGCGUGGAAGACGAGAUUCCGUUGACAUUCCCACUCAAAACCGGUGACCUGCCAGCCGCUUGGGCUUCCGUGGACUUGUUGCGUCCUGUUCCCGCGCUGCAAACAGCAUCCGUGUUCCGGUCCCGCGGCAUCCUGCAAGUGCAGCAGGUAUGACAUGACAAUCGUCACCGUCUGACUCCGGGUCAUUUGCAGGGGUAGAGGGUCAAGCAGGAGGAGCUGUGAUUUAGGCAGAUGCGUCUGUCGGAAAUCUUUAGUCUCACCGGUAGUUGUGACAGCAAGAUGAGCGGCGUCUACUGAGCCUGAGUCCAGCCGACAGCUCUUUAACAACUUUCUCUUACAGACCCACGGAGAACUUUUCUGCACACGAUGGCUGACAGCGGGAUCGAGCCGGUGCACGGAAAACAUGAGCCGGCCACCUUGGUGCAGCCACCACCAGCAUACGUCGUGCAGCCAACACCAGCAGGCGCCGUCUAUCCUGCUGCUGGGGGCUAUCCCCCGCCCCAGCCAGGCUAUCAAGGUGGCUACGCUCCACCACCGCCAGGCUAUCCCCCAGCCGGCUACAGUCAGCCACAGGGUGGCUAUCCUCCUGGAGCAUACCCACCACCUCAACCUGGCUACGUUGCUGGACAACCGAUGCCGAAUGUAGUGAUGGUUGGGACCCAACAACCUACGACAGUCGUUCAACAAAAUAAAGGGGUUAACCAUGCUCUUCAUUUGAUAAUCUCUCUUUUCUUCUGGCCUUGGGUGAUAGUGUGGAUCAUUCUGUGUAUUGCUGAAGAAUCGUAAUGUCGUCAAGUGCUGACGGCAGACAUUGCGUACAACAGAUGAGUGCCUGGGAUCCAAACAGGCGACAGCUGCAGCAGAACAUACAGAAAACUGACUUCAAAAUAUUCUAAGUUCCAUCAUUCAAGAACCUAUACCCAAGCUAACAGUAUUAUGCGACAUUCAAAAUUCAAAAAUCUGCCUCUUUAACGGAGGCAAAAUCAAACCUGUCCAUAUGUAAUGAUUUGUGAACUGUGCCUGGCUUAGUGCAUUAUAUAUAGUUACAUGGAGGAAAAAGGAACAGGCAUCUUGGACUAACUGUACAUACUUCAGGAGCGUUGAUUACGUAUUUAUUACAAAUUGUUAUGGACGUCACUUAUACACCCUAAAAUCGCAAUAAAACUUGAGCACAUAUGGUC